GUACAAACAUCAGUAUUAUUAGUUUACAGAGAAAAAACACAUGAUCUUCGAAAUGCACGGUAACUUUUUUCGUUCAGCUUUAUUACUAACGUUACAUGUUUCAAACUAGCUUUACAGUAAAAAAUCAAUAAGAGAAAAUUAGCUAAUCAAUGCUGGAUAGAUAAAUGUAAGCAAACAGUGUCGAUACUGGCAAAGUGUAAUCAAUUAUGAAAUGAAAACAAUUCGGCCAUAAAUCAGUCAUAAAGACAGUGGUGUUAUCACAUGGAGUUGUGGUUAUUAACCUUGACCUUGCUAUUGUUUUUAAGGUUUCAUCGCAGACUCUGUAUUUGACAGAUGAUUCGAAUAUAGCAAUUUUCCCGGCACAGUCGGGUUACUUCAGUGCCCUAGACUUCACUGCACGUGGGCAUUAUGAGGUCCAUGGGGAUGAAGUGGAGAAAGGGGUUCUCACCCCAGGAACACCCCUCUCAACCCCAACAGCCUCCCAGCGUUUCUCCUAUACACGCAAUACUCCACCCUCUGCAGCUGCUGGUUCACCUGCGGCGGCUGUUGCAGGACCUCCGAAAGCCGCCAUGACUCGAUCAUUUCAGAGAUCCAUUUACAUAGCUGAUUUAGUAAACGGCAAACUGAGGCCAAGCAGGAUGGUGGUAGUUCGUUUCAUGGAAUGUGAGGCUACAGUACAUGGCAUUAUUGGGAAAGUUCAAGAUGCUCUUGGCAGUUAUGAUCCUGUAAUUCUCACCGAUGCCCAGGGCAAUGAGAUACUUGACUCUGAAGGAACUAAAGGAUCCAUCUACUGGAAGCAAAAUGCCCGCAAGGUAUUUGCAAUUGCAGAGCACGACUUCACAGAAUUUCAAGGCAGCAAGAGGAAAAGAAGCUCAAGUCGGAAAGAUGAUGAAACAUCAAGUCUACAAGAUGUCUAUGAUAAGAUAGAAGAAGUGGUGCUGGCGUCACAGGGCCUUCAGCAAGUUAUCUCAACUAUCAAAGAGCUUUCUGAGCUGUCCAGUCAAACACCUGCCAAAACCUUGACUGAAGUCCAAACAGAGAAAAUAAAAGCAGCUUUCACUUGCAUAGUCUGCAAAGGACCCAUUGAUCAACCAGUAUUUGCCACCUGCUGUAGAAGCCUGAUCGGAUGCAAACUUUGUGUUGAUCAAUGGAUGGCUACUUCAUCACAGUGCUUAAAAUGCAGAGAGGAAGCUCUUAGCAACCACAUCUUUCUUGCAGCAGGUCUCUCUGAAGCUUUGUUAGCUCUUGGUGACAUCAUUAGGGUAGAGUAGGCCUACAUUACCCAGGAAAAAAUGUUUAGCUGUUCAGCAAUUCAAGUUUAGUUCAGUAGUUUAUUUGACAGUUGUUGUGUAAAGUUUUGUUGCACAACUACUUAAAACAAGAACUAAAAAGAAAUACUUUAAUUUAUCAGCAUCAUGUUGAUGCUUAAAUUUGUGUGUAAUAUUUUGUUUCUAGAAAAAACACUUGAUGGAAAGCAGCAUUGAACAAUUAAGAAG